AUGAAGCAAGCCGGAAGGCGUUUGACGGUGAAUCAGAGGCGGAACCCUGUACUUCAGAGUAUCAAGAACGUGGGCAUUGAGAUUGGAGAUAUUGUUGCGGAUUAUCAAGUGGGAACGCACAAUGGGGUCUUGUUUCUCAGUUUGAAGUAUCAUCGACUCCACCCAGAAUAUAUUCAUCAACGGAUCGAAAAGAUGAAAAACAUGUACAACGUAAGGAUACUCUUGAUCCUGUGUGAUGUGAACGAACAUCAACAAUCCAUCCGGGAUCUAUCAAAGAUAGCCAUAGUCAAUAACCUCACCACGAUUGUGGCAUGGUCAAACGACGAGGUGGCCCAAUACUUAACGACAUUCAAAGCUUACGAACACAAAUCCGAUGACUCCCUCAAGGAAAAAGUUCAUCAAGAAUAUCACGAUCAACUGCAGCAUGUCUUGACUAGCGGAAAGAAAGUCAACAAGACGGACGCGGACAAUCUCGCAUCGCAAUUUGGGUCUUUUGCGGAUAUCGUUAAGCAGCCUUCCAAGCUUCUCUCCAACGUCAAAGGCUUGGGCGCAACCAAAGUCACUUCACUCCUCGAUGCAUUCAACAAGCCAUUCUUGGUGGGAGGUCUCAAGCGGAAAGCUGAGGAUUCGGCACCAGAGAUCAUCACCUCUUCAAAUGUCCGACACUCGAAUGACGAGCGAAUAGAGGAUAUUCACAGCCCGGAUUGGCCUAUGGAUGAUAUGGAUGCCGAGGACGCGCUGAGAGAUACAGAGAUAGAAAGGCAAAGAGGAAGAGCACCGAGUCGUUCGCCGGACAUUGGUCCAGGGGAUGAAUCUGGCGACGACGAAGUUCGGGGGCCGCCGGCAGAUGUGUGGAAAGAUCCGCUGGACGAUGAAGACGACGAAGAUGACGACGAUGAGCUUGGCAGUGGAUCAAGCAGCAAGAGAGCUAGGGUCGAGAAAUAA